AUCCAUUAAUGGCAAUAAAAAACUGUUUAAAAUAUUAGUUCCUUUGAUUUGUUUUUUUUUCUGUAUUCAAUGUUAAUUUCUACUUAAAGACUAAAAGAAAUAAGUAUUUGAUUCAUAUUUGAGUAUAACAUUUUGAAAUUUAAAUUAUCCAUUUGAAAUGUUUGCCAAAAUAAUCAUUAUCAUCAUUUCGUAAUAUUGUUUGCCUAUUGAAAUUCUAGUUGAAAAAAACAAACAAACAUUGAAUGUAAAAAUUCAUCAUUAUCAUCAACAACAACAAUGAGAUUUGAGGUGCUUAUCAGUGAAAAAUUUGUCGUACUUAAAAAUGGUACAAGUACAUUAUGGUGGCCACGUUCUUUACCAUCAGAACAACAAUCGAAUAAAUCAAAUAGUGAAACAAAUUAUUCAUUAGAAACAAAAUCAUUACAGAUAAGACCAGAAUUUAAAAUUAUUGAUCAAAAUGAUGAUACUGUAUUCGAAGAUUUUACUUGUCAUGGUUUAGCAUUCGGUUUAAUUGGUCUAUUUAAUAAUGAUAAAUUAAUAUUAAUUAAACAAACAAUUUCGAUUGGACGAUUACCAUUUGGUUCUCGUGAUGAAGUAUUUAAAAUUCAGAAAAUUUCCAUUAUAUCAUUGAAUGGAAAAAAAGGUGAAAAUUCUAUUGAUAUUGGUUUGGAUGAAUGUUGUCAUGAUUCCUGUACGAAACCAAUGAUUGUAACUCCUACAAAUCAACCAUCCAUUCAAGCUUCAUUCAAAGAUUCUAUUAUCGAUGAAUCAAGCAUAAAAUUUAAUCCGACUUUAUUCGCACAAAAUUCACAAACAUUAAUAUCGGCUAGUAGUGUUCAACGUACAUGGAAUCAAUUAAAAAUAACUGCUUCUAAUGUUAAACCAAAAGUUAGUUCAAUGAUUACGAAUGCUAAUAAUCAACAGUUGAAUAGAAUUGAAGAAAAAGAAAAAUUAGAUCGCCGUUUAACGGAAGAAGUAUACAAAAUGUUUAAUGAAACAAAUUCAUUUUAUUUUUCAUUAACCGGUGAUCUAACAAAUUCUAUACAAAGACAGCAAAAAAUACGUAAAACUUUUGAAACAAAUCAAGAUCCAAAUGAUAUACGUAUUGUACCGCUUUGGAAACGAGUUGAUGAUCGUUUUUUCUGGAACAAACACAUGUUAGAAUCAAUCAUCGAAAUCAUGAAUAAUGAUAAUGAUGGACAACGUAAAUGUUUUAGUCAUCUAUGGAUAUUGCCAAUCAUUCAAGGUUUUAUACAAAUUGAAAAAUGUUGUUUCGAUUUAUCGGAAAAUUUUCCGGUCGGAUGUAUGCCUAGUAUUAUCAAUUCAAACAUUAAUCAAAAUGAUGAUCCAAGUGAUAAAAAAAUUGUUGAUUCUUUUUUUGAAACACAUGAUUAUUAUUGGAUGGCUUUAAUUUCUAGACGAAGUCGUUUUCGUGCCGGAACUAGAUACAAAAAACGUGGUCUUGAUGAAAGUGGAACCUGUGCAAAUUAUGUUGAAACUGAACAAAUUUUUAGCUAUGGAUUUCAUACGGUUUCAUUUGUAUGUGUUCGUGGUUCAGUACCGUUGUUUUGGUCACAACCAGGCUAUAAAUAUCGUCCACCACCAUUAAUGGAACGUUCCGAAUCGGAAAAUCAAGAAGCUUUUCGAAAACAUUUUGAACAGGAAUUCACCUGCUAUGAAAAUCAAGUUGUAGCAGUAAAUCUAAUCGAACAUUCGGGUAGAGAAAAAGUAUUAUGUGAUGCUUAUAUGAAUCAUGUGAUAAAAAUGGAUGAUCCUCGUCUAACAUUUGUUACAUUUGAUUUUCAUGAUUAUUGUCGUGGAAUGAAAUUUGAAAAUGUUUCCAUUCUUAUUGAACGAAUCUAUGAUCUAAUCAAAGAAAUGAGAUAUUGUUGGAUCGAUAAUGAUGGUGUAAUCUGUGAACAACGUGGUGUAUUUCGUAUCAAUUGUGUUGAUUGUUUGGAUCGUACCAAUAUUGUAAUGACUGCAAUUGCAAAAGCUGUUAUGGAUAUACAGCUUGUACGUUUAGGUCUUCUUCCACCUGAAGGUCAAUUAUCAGCCAAUUCACGACGUGUUUUUCAACUAAUGUGGGCCAGAAAUGGUGAUACAAUUUCAAGACAAUAUGCAGGGACGGCUGCAUUAAAAAGUGAUUAUACUCGAACUGGUGAAAGAAAAUUUUCUGGUGUUGUUCGUGAUGGCGUUAAUUCAGCUAAUCGUUAUUAUCUGAAUCGUUUCAAAGAUGCAUAUCGUCAAGCUGUGAUUGAUAUAAUGCAAGGAAAUCCAGUUGAUGAAAAUCUUUUAUCACCAAAUGAAAAAUCACCUAGAAAAAGUCUUGGUUCCAACAAUUUACUGAUGAAUAAUGAUCAAGAAUAUCAUGAACGAAUCAAAAUGGUUAUUGAAGAUUGUAAAAAGAUUCUAGUUCCGGAAGAUGAAGUUAUACUUGGUGGCUGGCCAUUAGUCGAUGCAGAUCCAACAACCGGUACUCUUUUAUCAACGUUACGAAUCAAUAAUGAAAUACCUGAAUGUGAAAUGGAUAUUGUUUUAAUAUUGACCAAAGAUUGUUAUUAUGUUGCUGAUUAUGAUGAUCAAACUGAUCGAAUAAUCAAAUAUCAAAAAGUAUUAUUAGAAGAUUUAGAAAAAAUUGAAAUCGGUGCUGAACCCAAUUAUACAAAUGGUCCAUUCAGUUCAAUGCGUACACAAAAUUGUCCCUUAAUUUCUUAUGCCGUUCGUUUUCAUUAUACUAUUGGUAAUCAAACUGGCUAUUUUCAUAUGUUUCGUUCGACUAAUACACGUUUUUUCAACAAUAUGGCCAUUCCGAUACGAACCAGAGAAGAGGCUCUUGAAUCGUUGAAAGCCGUUUGUGAAUCAUUCAAAGUGGCUCUAAGUGUUAAAUCUCUGAAUGUUCCUUUUCUGGAAGUUGGUCGUUUGGAACGAAGAAAAAGUAAACGAAUAUUAUCCGCUUCAUUUAAAACCGAAACAAAUGAUAAUGUAAAUCGUAUGAAAAAUUCAUCCAAUGAUAAUUCGUAUGUGGUUAAUUCGAAGAAAAUAUUUACCGGUGUCUAUUCACAUUUUUCUCGAUUACGUGGAAAAUUAACUGGCAAUUCAAAUGGUCCUCAAAAUGUUGUUGGUAAUCGAUCCACUUUACAGAUAGAUGGAUUGAAAGUGAGAGAAAAUGAUCAGUUUAGAAAAUCAUCCGAAGAAUUAGAUAUCGAUGAAUCAGAUGAUGAAGAUUCUAUGAGUAAUUUACGAAAAAGGCAAAAUUCAGGUGAACGAACAUUAAGUUUAGAUUUAUCCGAAUGUUCUGAAUUUGGUUCUGAACAAAUUUUACCACCUAUAAGUGAAAUAUGUUCACCAUCUUUAGAUGAUGCACUUAUUCAUACAAAAGAUUGUAUGGAUCGUGUAUUGGAAAGUUGUGGAAUUUUAGCUACAAGUCCACCAUUACGUUAUACACCUUCAGAAUCUAGUUUGAUUCAAGAUGAAUAUGGUUCAUCGGAUGAAAAUAAUCGAUUAAAAUCUGUUCUACAUGAUGUUGAUGAUUUUGUAAUUGAUUCAAUGAAAAAAGCAUCAUUGCGUCAUAUACGUAAUAAAGCCAGAUCUCAAUCACAAGUAUCAUUGAUUCAAUCAUCAUCAUCUUCAACAAUAAUGGACGCACAAAAUAUACAAAAAAAUGUUUACAAUAACAAUAACAAAGAUUUUGAUUUAUCAAGUGGUCAUCAAUCAAACCGUUGUAUUUUUAAUUCAGAUUUGGCAUUAAAUUCAAUAAUGUCACAACCAACACUUAAAAUUGAAAUGGCGAAUAAUAAGUUCAGUAACAGCAGUGAUAGUAUAAACGUAACAACAGAUGGUGGUGGUAUUUUUUCUUUACCUAACAAUAAUAUAAUAGAUUAUCCACUUAUCAGUUCAUCAUCAUUUGCUGCAUUAUCAUAUCCUGAUGAUAAUGAUUUUAAAUCACUUGGUAAUGAAUCUAUUUCAACAAAAUUAUAUGAAUCUUAUUUGGAAAAAAAUCAAAAUACAUCAUCAUCAUCAAUGCGUAAUGUAGAAAAUUUUGUCGACAAUUCAAAUACAACAACAACAAUGUCAGGUUUUUGUAAAGAAACAUCACUUAGUUUUUCAGAUUUAGCAUUUAAUGUUUCAAAUUCUGGCCUAAAAACAUCAAGAAGUUCAAAUACAUUACAGGUAUCAUCUGAAACAUUUAUGUCGUUAAAUUUACCUCCAACAAAUUCUGUAUCGAAUAUAUCAGUUUCAGAUGAUAAUGAUAGUAUACAUCAUCAUCAACAUCAUUAUUCUGAUACAUCAAGUUCAAAUUUCACAUCAUCAUUGGGCGUUAAAAAAGAUUUUGUUCUAUCACCAUUGACAAGUAUAACAAAAGGAAUACCGAAUAAAUUAGACAAACAAUUUCGACAGGCAAUUGAUAUGACACAAAUUGACGUUUCACAACAACAACAACAACCACCAUCAUCAUCUUCAUCUACAAACCGAUCACAUCAUGAACAAACAAGAAGUUAUAUUAUCGAAAUCUGAUUGUUAUUAUUACUAUUAUUACUAUUAUAAUACAAUCUUUUGGGAAUCAAUUAUAAAGAUCAUUGAUUUAUAAAGAAGAAAUAUUAAGAAAAGAUUUCUAUUUUUUUUUUCUUCUUUUUUUCUCUUCCCUUCUUCAUCAUUUUAACAUUCCUUAUACAUGUCAGGAAUAUCACCAAUAAUAAUAAUGAGGAUUUUUUUUGUUUGUUUACAAAUAUUGUCUGUUGUGUUUGUAUUGUUUUUUCCCCCUCUCCU